UUGGAGAUGAAAUGGCAGAAGACGACGAAAAUGCGACUUUCCAAUCCACACUAGAGAUCCAUGGCGCAGCUCACCAGGUCAAACUCACUCCGACACACAUUUUCUGGGAAAACAUCUAUAAUCGGCAACCAGCAAAAUGCCAACAGGAGGAGCCAUUAUUUCGUCAUUUUGCCCAUUGUGUUCCAGUGAAGGAGAUACUAUGUGUAAAUCCAACCUAUGGAAAGUCGUACACUGAUGACUUGAACCAAGACCAACGCAACCAUGGGUCACCGGUCUAUAUUGAAAUGCGGCCUCUCAAGCCACAGUCAUUUACUCUCAACUAUGUCAAACGGUCAUCUCGCUUCAAAUGGAAGGUGAAAACAAUCACGUUUACCAGCAAGGAAGCCUACCUCUGUCAACAAUGGGUGUUCAGAAUCAGGAAUGCCAUCGACAAACUUG